AUGCGAGCUCUACUACCCGGGCGACCCCCGGCGAAACUACAGGCUCUGAGCACCGCGCUGUGGAAAAAUAUCCGGAUUGUUUGCUACAUCUCCGGCCAAGCGCUGGUUAUCCUCAGCGGAGCGCACAAACUUUUACAAACCAUUUAUCUCGAUGACACGGGACCUCUCGAAGCUGUCUUGAUUGAUGAAGCUUCGGGGAGAAUCGCCGUUGCUGGGGGCUCAGAUAUUUCUGUCUUUAACCCCUGCUGUGUUGGCGAUAAUAUUUGGAAGUGGAGUCUAUGUCACAAGCUUCGCGCCCCGGACGACGAUGAGCGGAUAAAUGUGCUGUCAUGGGGCGCUGCGGGCGAGCUCCUAGCCGGUAACUCGCGCCUAGCUCUAUGGCUACUCACAGAUAAACCGCAAAUCAUUUGGAUGAAAAGCGUCGCCAACCCAGUGAAGUUUGCGCAAUUUUCCCACGACGCUAGCUUGAUUGCCUCGACUGGCCAAUACGAUCGUCUGGUAAAGGUAUGGAAGCGGCUCACCUUCAGCACGGACGAGGUUCGGUUCGAGGUUUCUUACCUUCCUCACCCGGACACUGUGACAAGCAUGCAUUGGCGGCGGCCAUACCAUCCGGAACAGACGAUGGACAAUAUUCUUUAUACGAUAUGCGCCGAUAAUAAGAUACGGGUUUGGGCGGGCAUGGAUCGGACGGGCUCCAAGUCAGCACUUCAGCUUUGGGCGGAGAUCGAUAUGGACACUGCAAUUCAGCCGAGGCAACCUAAUAAUAGUGAGUUUGCGAAAAGAAGGUAUGGGUUCAUAAUUGACGGGCGGGAUUUUUCCGUCGCUACAGAACAUGCCGUACAGUUAGGGGCUGCACAGGAGCGGGAUAAUCGAGCUCUCGAACAUCUUGUUGAAGUGGCAACUAAGAGUCCGGAAGUGUGUAUUGUCAUGGAUGGCAGGGGACACAUGUCUGCUUGGGGUCUUGAGAAUGUCGGAUGCAAAGUCCGGUCACCGACAAGUGUGUUCAAUAUAACGCAUGUUGAAGGGCUGCAUCUUUCAUUUGCUUCCGGUAUUAAACCGGGCGACGACUAUGCUCAAUUUUACGGUUUUGCUGGUGGAUUAUCGGAAGACUCGUUUACGAUUUUAGUCCAUUACUUUGACGGGCGAAUCGAGUGGUUGGACUCCAAAGUGGAAGCUUUAUUUGACCCAUCUCCGCGAAAGAAGCGGUUGACUUCAAGAGCUGUCUGGUCUGGACAUACGGGAUCCAUCAAGAAGAUCGUACGUAAUGCGAGCGGGAAAAUUCUAGUUUCGCGUACCGACGACAACAAGGCUAUGAUAUGGCGACAGAGAGCUAGUAGUUCUGGCCCUGUUCUUGUUCGGCAGAGCUCUCUCUAUUCCGAUCUCCAUAUUCAUCGUACCUGUCUGAUUGGAGAGGGGAAAUUCCUGGUUAAUCUACAUCAUGAUAGUAUUUCUCUUUGGGAUACUCGCUCAUUCUACGCGGAAAGGCUAGCAACAUGUGAUUUCGGGUUAUCGUCAAAACCCCUUUGUGUUUUGCUCCUACCGACUUCUGAGGCGAAUUCUUCAACUGUAUACGUGGUAGCUAUUGCUGCUGAUAUGACUGGAGUCGCCUGGGAAAUUGACCUUCCCGAGGAGCAUGUCGUUGCGAAUGGGGCGAAUGGAUUCUAUCAUCCUAAAAUGCGCCAAUUUUGUACAUUUAACCUAGGCGUGGAUGAAGAUAUCGCAUAUAUUUUACCCAUUGAUCCGGCCGGUUCUUCGAUGAUGAUUUCCGGUUUCCUUGAUCUGUUCGCAACCGACAUAGCUCUGUCUUACACAUAUAGCGGGAGAGUUAGGACGUGGACAGCCAAGGUCGAUAAACAGAAUGAGAAAAUUGACUGGCUGUUAACUUCUACGGUUGAAACAGGGAUAUGCAAUCCAUCGCUCGCCAGCGGUGCCUCAAUGCGCAAGGCGGCUAUCGUUGACCAAGAUCGGACACGUCUCACAAUAUGGGAUACCUACGGAGCUCAGCUGGAGUUCGAAGAGAACUUUUCACAACAGGAUAUUAUCAAGGACUUGGACUGGACGUCAACACCGCAUAUUCAAUCUAUACUGUCUGUUGGAUUUCCCCACAAAGUCAUUCUCAUGUCCCAGCUGCGAUAUGACUACCUUGAUGCUGGACCAUCCUGGACGCAGAUUCGGGAAAUUCGGAUCCAGGAUCUAACACCCCAUCCGGUUGGUGACUCUUGCUGGCUCGGCAACGGCAAUCUUGUUGUUGGCUCUGGCAAUCAACUGUUCGUCUACGACAAGCAUAUUGAACUUAGUAACCAAUUGAUCACCAAUGUUCGCCUUCCAGCGCGACAGAUAUAUGUGGAUCUCUUUGACGUUGUCAGUCGGUUGAAUGGCACAUUACCAGUAUUUCAUCCGCAAUUCUUGUCGCAGUGCAUACUUUCCGGAAAAUCAAAUCUCGUGCAUUUAAUUCUCACAAGCCUCUAUCAAAAGCUUAAGUUUUAUACCGAAGGUGAUGAGAUUGAUGGGUUCUUGGAUAUUCCGCUUGAAGAUAUAUAUCAAAAUGCAGAUACGUUGAAAAAGGUCCACUGGAAAGAAAUGCACUCACCUUAUGCCGAUUUCGCCACUGGUGGUGAAUCUUCUGUUGUGGACGAGACGCUGGGAACCGCACUAAAUGAAAAUCUAAUGCGAGUCGCACUGCCUCAACUAACAAGCACCGAACAAUUCCGCCUCGUGAACAUUAUUGAGUGUGUAGCAACCGUCGAUAAGCAUCGACGCUCGAUGGACGACAAUGCUGCGCGGUACCUACUUUUCUUCCGUCAACACAUGCUACGGAGAAGCCAGGGGCUUCCUGAACAACCCACUGUUUCCUGGAGGGAGAUUGUAUGGGCGUUACACAGCGAUAGCCAUGAAAUCCUCGCAGAUCUCGUCUCUAGGCAAUAUCAGGGGAAAAUGCUUUGGGAACACGCGAAAGAGAGUGGGAUUUUCAUGUGGAUUACGGAUUUAAAUUCUCUACGAGCUCAACUCGAGGUCAUCGCCCGCAAUGAAUAUACCAAAAGCCAGGAAAAGAAUCCCAUCGACUGUAGUCUUUAUUAUCUUGCACUCAGGAAGAAGAGCGUUCUACAGGGGCUUUGGCGAAUGGCAAGCUGGAAUCGUGAACAGUCUGCCACCCAACGACUAUUGAGCAAUAACUUUAGCGAACCGAGGUGGCGAACGGCGGCACUCAAAAAUGCCUACGCAUUGCUCGGAAAACGAAGAUUUGAGUACGCUGCUGCCUUCUUUCUCCUAGCCGACCACUUGCGCGAUGCCGUUUAUGUGUGCAUGAACCAACUCCAGGAUGUGCAGUUGGCUGUUGCGAUUACACGCGCCUACGAGGGGGACGAUGGACCUGUACUUAAGGAGAUUCUAGAGGAAAGGGUUCUUGUCGAUGCUGCUUCCGAAGGCAACCGAUGGAUGGCUACAUGGGCAUUUUGGCUGCUCAAUCGACGAGACUUGGCUGUACGGACAUUGAUUUCGCCAAUCGGAAACCUCAUCCUAUCCACUCCAUCGUCUCCCACUAGCCCAGGCGCAAUCACUCUCCAGGCAAAAUCAUACCUGGCCCACGACCCAGCUCUGGUCAUCCUUUACAAACAACUCCGCGAUAAGACUACGCAGACGCUGAAAGGUGCCGCUAAAGUCCCUGCAAGGGACGAAUGGGAAUUCGUCCUGCGCAACGCGCGGUUGUAUGACCGAAUGGGCUGCGACCUGCUAGGUCUCAAUCUUGUGCGCGAAUGGGAGUUCCUUAAACCUUCCGCGCCCCUUAGCAAGACUCAAUCUUCGCGUCUAUCAUUUAAAGCGCCGGAUCUAAGGAAGCUGCUGAGGAGAAGGAGCAGUCUGGUUGUGGCUGAUAUGCCUACGCUUCAGGAAGAGUUGAAAGGUUCCCUAUCUGCUCAGGGUGGAAGGUAUGAGGCGGGGACGACCUUUGAGGAACCGGAUUCAAAUGCUAAUCUGCUGGCUCGGGUCUGCAAGCUCGUCAUCGCAACCUCGUAUAUCAACAUCAGCCGAACUCCCCGCUCUCUAAUCAUGGGGGUUAGGCGAUCUAAAAUGGGUGGGACAGGUCCCUCAUUAUCCAACCGCGAGGGCCUGGAAAGCCAUAGUUAUCCUGUGAGACAGUUCCAAUCCCCAGGGUUAAUGUCUUCAAGCCACAAUGAGGAAACGCAUUCAGAUCAAGACAGCAACCAUGAAGAUGGUGACCAUCACGGCGACAUCCAACAUGAUAGCCGGUUUCCCGGUGACUCCAGCGCGGACAGAUUGCGAGCUUCGAGAACCUCCGCGCAGAGCUUUACCACCCGAUCCCUCCUCAUGGGCCUCGUAAUUGGCACUCUCAUCACUUUCUCCAAUACGUACUUCGGCCUUCAGACUGGUUGGAUCAGCACCAUGGCCAUGCCCUCGUCACUAAUAGGGUUUGCGGCCUUCAAGGCCCUUUCUCGCCAUCUUUCAUUCCCAUUUACGCCAGUAGAAAACGUUCUGAUCCAAACUGUUGCGGGCGCCGUCGGAUCAAUGCCACUGGGUUGUGGAUUUGUGGGCGUCAUACCGUCUAUGGAGUUCUUGCUGCGAGAUGGGCCUGAUGGAGACCGAGGGGCCGAUGAUGGACAGGGUGAAGGGGGCCCAUUGAAGCUUUCGUUUGGGAAAUUAGUUGUUUGGAGUUUGGGUGUGUGUUUAUUCGGGGUUGUUUUUGCGGUGCCGUUACGGAAGGAGGUUAUUGUGAGGGAGAAGCUGAAGUUUCCGAGUGGGACGGCGACAGCAUUGAUGAUUAGAGUGCUACAUGGCGGUGGACAGACAGAGGAGAAGGGGAAGGCUGUGGGCAUUGCUAGUGAGCAGAGGAGGAGGAGAAGGUCAAGGUCAAACUCAGCGCAUGAGCGAGAGCGCGUGACGUUGCUAGCUCCCGAUGAGCGGGAGGACACUUCGCAUUCAAUCUCAAGACUAGAACUUGCUGAGCGGGAUAGAAGGAAAGACUGGCAGGCGAAGAUUAAAUUGUUGAUCUACGCGUUUGGAGUUUCUGCGACAUAUACCCUCGUCUCAUAUUUUAUCCCGCGGCUUCGUGAUCUCCCUAUUUUUGGUCUUCCGAUUGCGACUCAAUGGCUGUGGACACUCAAUCCUUCUCCAGCAUACAUCGGCCAAGGCAUAAUAAUGGGCCCUUCCACAUCACUACAUGUGCUGGUCGGUGCGAUUCUAGGAUGGGGGAUACUAUCCCCUCUUGCCAAACAUCGGGGCUGGGCUCCCGGACCCGUCGAUAGCUGGGAAGACGGCAGCAAAGCUUGGAUUGUAUGGGUUUCGCUUGCUAUAAUGCUUGCAGACUCGAUCAUCAACCUUGGCUGGUUAGUGCUCCGACCGUUGAUCACCCACGGGCCAAUUCUUCUACAUAACAUGACCCGAAAUGAUUUCUGGGCCAAUGUUAUCAAACCCGCUUCUCGUAGAACAGGUUACACCGCCAUUCACCCGCCGCACGCAAUGGACAGCGUCGACGGUGACGCCCCUCCAUCCGAGCUCAUCUCCACCCGUACAGUCCUCAUCCUCCUCCCUCUCACCCUAGUCCUCAAUGUCAUAUGCAUGCACCUCAGCUUCGGCAACCUCAUCACUCCAGCCCUCUCAGCUCUUGCUACCCUCCUCGCUCUCUUCCUCUCCGUCAUGGGCGUGCGCGCCCUAGGCGAAACGGACCUGAACCCCGUUUCAGGCAUCAGCAAACUCACCCAAUUGAUCUUCGCCUUCGCCACGCCAGCCUCAAGCCACACGCGCCGCACCGCAGUCGUUACGAACCUCCUCGCAGGCGCCGUAUCCGAAGCCGGCGCCCUGCAAGCCGGCGACAUGAUGCAAGAUCUGAAAACAGGCCACCUGCUCGGUGCCAGCCCCAAAGCGCAGUUCUACGGACAAGUAAUCGGCAGCCUCUUCGGCGCCGUGAUCUCCGCCGCUGUCUAUAAAUUAUACGUCGCCGUCUACGACGUGCCCAGCCCCAUGUUCCAGGUGCCCACGGCCUACGUGUGGAUAUUCACCGCGCGGCUCGUGACGGGCCAGGGCCUGCCGGAGAUGGCGUGGCAGACCGCCACGAUUGCAGGCGUGGUGUUUUCGGUCAUUACGGUUUUGAGGAUUAUGAGUGCUUCGCCUGCGUUUUCACCGGGGAAAGCCGGGGAAGGAAGGGGAAGAAGCCCGCCGUGGCGCGCGUGGAUACCAGGCGGCAUUGCCGUUGCCGUGGGUAUGUAUAAUGUGCCGUCGUUCACGCUGGCCAGGGCUAUUGGUGGCGUUAUUGCAUGGUGGUGGAGGUGGAGGAAGCGGCAGCAGCAACGGCGCCAGCGGCGGUGGUGGUGGCCCUUGUCGCCGUUGAGGAGCGGGGUUGUUGGUGAUAGUCGUGCGCGUUUGUUCACGGGGCCGUUUGACGAGGGCGAUGAUGACACGGCGGGGGUACCGUCUGCCGUUAAAGACGAUGAUGAACAUGUUGCUGGCUCUAGGACGGGUGGUGGGGAGGAUGAUUCCGACGCUGGGUCGACGGUGGUGAUUCUCGCGUCUGGGCUCAUAUUGGGCGAGGGGGUCGUGAGUAUUAUCAAUCUAGCGUUGGCCAGUGCCGGGGUUCCGCAUCUGUGA